GUCUCUCGGAAGAUAACCGAAGUUCACACAUACCAAUCAAGAAAACUUGAAAAUGAGCAGCCGACGGAAACGUGCUCCUCCAGUGAGGGUAGAUGAGGAAAAGCAGCAGCAACUUCAUUGGAAUAUGCUUGAGGACAGAAAGAACAAACUUCUCACCUUAACUGAUGACGAGCACCCCUGCCCAGGUUCAGAUGCCUCUUCUGCUCACUGCAUCAUUCUAGAUGAUGAUCUAAAGGAAGAAGUGGCUCACAGAGAUAAGAAGAGGUGUUCUGAAAAAUCAAUCGAAAAAGAAGAGACUGUUGGUAUUUCUUCCCCUUUGUCUGUAAAGUUGAACAUUGUGAUUUCUCCUCAUCACCUCGAUAAUUCUUGGAAAGCAUUUCUAGGGGAAUUAACUCUUUGGCUUCUUUCUGAACAGAGUUUAAUUGCAAAUUUUUCUGAAAGGAGUUUUACAUUGAUGAGUUCAGAGUCAAGCAAUCAGUUCUUGAUCUUUGUUCAUUCAGAAUGUGAAGAUAUAGAGAAACAAGAAAAAGAAACAAUCAGUAUAUGUGACAAGGGUAUUCUAGUAGAAUCAUCUUUCAGUGGUGAAAUGUUAGAACAUUUGGGAUGGCUGCAAAAGAAGAAAAGAAUAAAACUUUACCAAAGACCACAAGGAAAUCACAUUAUCAAGGUUGGAAUUUAUCUUUUGGAAGCUGGCCUAGCAAAACUAGACUUUUUGAGUGAUGCAAAUUCAAGAAUGAAAAAAUUCAAUCAGCUCAUGAAGAAAGUGAUGGAAAAGUUAUAUAAUAUUGUUGUUCCAGAUGUGUUGGAAGAAGAUGAAGCAGACUCAGAGAGCGAGCCAGAGGGACAGGACAUCGAUGAUCUGUAUCACUUUGUGAAGCAAACACAUCAGCAAGAAACACAGUCUAUCCAAGUGGAUGUCCAGCAUCCUGCAUUGACCCCUGUGUUGAGACCCUACCAAAGCGAGGCUGUCAACUGGAUGCUACAACAAGAGCAUUUCAGAAGCACUCCUGCUGGUGAAAGUGGCUUGCACUUCUUAUGGCGAGAGAUUGUUACCCCUGAGGGUUUGAAACUCUACUAUAAUCCAUACACAGGCUGCAUCAUUCGUGAGUACCCAAAUUCUGGGCUACAGUUGCUUGGUGGAAUCUUAGCAGAUGAGAUGGGUCUUGGAAAGACAGUGGAGGUGUUGGCUCUGAUUCUGACACAUACUCGACAAGAUGUCAAACAAGAUGCUCUCACUCUUCCUGAGGGAAAAGUGGUAAAUUACUUUAUUCCAUCACAUUCUUUGGGAGAAAAAAUAAAAGAGACAGACAUCCAGAAUAUGGAAUUUGAGCCAAAAGAAAAAGUUCAAUGUCCCCCUACACGUGUGAUGAUCCUGACAGCUGUGAAAGAAAUGAAUGGGAAAAAAGGAGUUUCCAUCCUUUCCAUCUAUAAGUAUGUCAGUUCUAUAUAUAGAUACGAUGUUCAACGGAACAGGAGUCUUUUGAAACGGAUGCUGAAAUGUUUAAUUUUCGAAGGCCUUGUGAAACAGAUCAAAGGCCAUGGUUUUUCUGGAACGUUUACACUGGGAAAAAAUUACAAGGAAGAGGAUAUAUGGGAUAAAACAAAAAAGCAGGCAGUAGGGAGUCCAAGGAAAAUUCAGAAAGAAUCUAGAAAAUCAGGGAACAAGGAUACAGAUUCUGAAUACUUGCCAUCAAAUACCUCUGAUGAUGAUGAUCCUUACUAUUAUUAUUAUAAGGCUAGGAGAAAUCGUAGUAAAUUGAAGAAAAAGCCUGUUCCAUCCACAAAAAAAGGAAAAAGUCAACCUAACAUCAAUCCCGAUUUGCAAGGUCACUGUCCAGCUACCGGUGACUGUGGAAUUACUGAUGUUACUGUGUCUGAAAGUACAUGUGUCUCUGAAUUCAAGCAAGAACUUCACCCAAAGGACUAUCCUGAACCUCUAAACCCUGCUGGUAGUGAUGUGCCACAUUCUGACACUCUGAGUCCUUAUAACACCUCUGAUUAUCGUUUUGAGUGCAUAUGUGGUGAACUUGACCAGAUGGACUGUAAGCCUCGUGUUCAGUGCCUCAACUGUCACCUGUGGCAACAUGCAAAAUGUGUGAAUUAUGAAGAGGAAAAUCUGAAGAUUAAGCCUUUUUACUGCCCUCAUUGCCUUGUUGCAAUGGAACCAGUAUCAACAAGAGCAACUCUAAUCAUCUCUCCAAGUUCCAUCUGUCACCAGUGGGUAGAUGAGAUCAAUAGGCAUGUAAGGUCAUCAUCUCUUCGAGUGUUGGUUUAUCAAGGAGUGAAGAAAGAUGGCUUUUUACAGCCUCAUUUUUUGGCAGAACAGGAUAUAGUUAUCAUUACCUAUGAUGUCCUUCGCUCAGAACUAAACUAUGUUGAUAUUCCACAUAGCAAUAGUGAGGAUGGGCGUCGCCUACGGAAUCAGAAGCGCUAUAUGGCUAUUCCCAGCCCCCUAGUAGCUGUGGAGUGGUGGAGGAUCUGCCUUGAUGAAGCUCAGAUGGUUGAAUGCCCUGCAGUAAAAGCUGCAGAAAUGGCCCAGCGUUUGAGUGGGAUUAAUCGGUGGUGCAUCAGUGGCACUCCGGUGCAGAGAGGAUUGGAAGAUCUUUUUGGGUUAGUGGUCUUUCUUGGUAUUGAACCGUACUGUGUCAGACACUGGUGGGUUCGACUUCUCUAUCGCCCUUACUGCAAGAAGAAUACUCAGCAUCUCUACAGUUUUAUUGCCAAGAUAAUGUGGAGAUCUGCAAAGAAAGAUGUGAUCGACCAAAUCCAGAUACCACCGCAGACUGAAGAAAUCCACUGGCUUCACUUUUCUCCAGUGGAAAGGCAUUUCUAUCAUCGCCAGCAUGAGGUGUGCUGUCAGGAUGCGGUAGUAAAACUCAGGAAGAUUUCUGACUGGGCUCUGAAGCUCAGCAGCCUGGACAGAAGAACUGUCACCUCUAUCCUGUAUCCAUUGCUGAGGCUCAGGCAGGCCUGCUGCCACCCACAGGCUGUUCGUGGGGAGUUCUUGCCACUCCAGAAAAGUACCAUGACAAUGGAAGAGCUACUGACAUCUUUGCAGAAGAAAUGUGGAACUGAAUGUGAAGAAGCACAUCGGCAGCUAGUUUGUGCUCUCAAUGGCUUAGCAGGCAUUCACAUCAUUAAAGGUGAGUAUGCCUUGGCAGCAGAACUAUACAGAGAAGUGCUGCGCUCAUCUGAGGAACACAAAGAAAAGCUCAAAACUGAUUCACUUCAGAGACUUCAUGCCACCCAUAAUUUGAUGGAAUUAUUGACAGCCAAGCACCCAGGGAUACCGCCUACCUUGCGAGAUGGAAGACUUGAAGAAGAGGCCAAACAGCUGCGAGAGCACUACAUGAGCAAGUGUAAUACAGAAGUUGCUGAAGCCCAGCAAGCUUUACAGCCUGUGCAACAGACCAUACGUGAGCUUCAGAGAAAGAUUCAUUCUAAUUCUCCUUGGUGGCUGAAUGUGAUCCACAGAGCAAUAGAAUUCGCUAUUGAUGAGGAACUUGUUCAGCGAGUGCGAAAUGAAAUAACCAGCAACUACAAGCAACAAACUAGCACACUUUCUAUGUCAGAGAAGUUCCGUGAUUGCAGAGGCCUUCAGUUCUUACUUACAACACAAAUGGAAGAACUAAAUAAAUUCCAGAAGCUAGUAAGAGAGGCUGUAAAAAACCUGGAAAGACCUCCAUCUCGUGAAGUUAUUGAGUCUGCAACAAUCUGCCACCUCCGACCAGCUAGACUUCCUCUCAACUGCUGUGUCUUUUGUAAAGCUGAUGAGUUGUUCACAGAGUAUGAGUCAAAACUAUUUUCUAACACAGUCAAAGGCCAGACUGCAAUAUUUGAGGAGAUGAUCGAAGAUGAAGACGGAUUGGUGGAUGAUCGAGCACCCACCACCAACCGGGGUCUGUGGGCAAUAAGUGAGACAGAACGGUCUAUGAAAGCAAUACUGUCAUUUGCAAAAUUGCAUAGAUUUGAUGUUGAAUUUAUUGAUGAAGGAAGUACUUCAAUGGAUCUUUUUGAAGUAUGGAAGAAGGAAUAUAAGUUGCUUCAUGAAUAUUGGAUGACUCUGAGGAAUCGUGUAUCUGCUGUUGAUGAACUUGCAAUGGCAACAGAACGACUAAGAGUGCGUCAUCCUAAGGAACCAAAGCCCAGUCCACCUGUUCUUCAUAUCAUUGAACCACAUGAGGUAGAACAAAAUCGUAUAAAACUGCUGAAUGAUAAGGCUGUUGCUACAUCACAGCUCCAGAAAAAACUUGGGCAACUUCUUUACCUAACUAACUUGGAGAAGUCUCAAGACAAAACAUCAGGAGGUGUUAAUCCGGAACCUUGUCCAAUCUGUGCUCGACAGCUGGGAAAACAGUGGGCAGUACUGACCUGUGGCCACUGUUUCUGUAAUGAGUGCAUUGCUAUAAUUAUUGAACAGUACAGCGUGGGGUCUCACAGAAGCUCAAUUAAGUGUGCCAUCUGCCGCCAGACCACAUCUCACAAAGAAAUUUCAUAUGUCUUCACCUCAGAGAAAGCAAGCCAGGAAGAGGACAUCCCUGUGAAG